CCAGAAAAGCCUAAACCCGAUGCAAAAAAGAACAAGGACGCUUUUGUUGGAAGCAAACUAAACACUACCGUUGAACAGCGACUGCUGAGAAAGAAAUAUCUGAGGGACAUCGCCCCUGCACGUUGCGAAAAGCUCAACGUAUACAAGUAUUACGAUUGCGAAGCGAAGGAAUUGGCUGUCCUCAAUCCGCAGUUGGCGCAAGUUGAGCCACCUCGUUUGGAUGAUUCAUAUGUGAAAUUCGAUACACCGUUUUUCUUCAUGGUAGUCAGAGAAGGGUCAUUUGGCAGGAUUGUACAGUGUAUAGGUCGAUUUAACAACGUGUCAGCUGUCCAUAAAAGCUCCCGCAGAUCAGGUGAUGUGGAUGUCUAG